AUUCUAUUCCCCUUUCCUCCCAAAUCAGAGCAGGUAGAAAUAAUUUUGCCAUCUUUGACAUUCGCAUACCCACCACUCCUCCAGCUCAUUCCAUCUCUCUCUCUCUCGUUCUCGUUCUCUCUCCCACACACACACGCAGCCUCACUCUCACAAACGAAUAUAUAUCUACCUCGUUAACGCCGCCACACUAUAAAAACAUAAAAAUACAGCGCACACAUCUCUACACACACUCCCAAUUUCCCGGCGACAUGACCGGAAAAUCUCUCCGGUAACCAGACACUCAAUCGCCAUGUCAGACGACGUCGUAGCGAAGACAUUCCGCGCGCUCGUCGAGAGCGCCGACCGGAAAUUCGCGCGUGUCCGCGACGUGCCGGUGUACGGACGCGCACCAAACAACCACUACUUUCACAAAGUGUUCAAAUCAUACAUGCGCCUAUGGAAAUAUCAGCAGGAGAAUCGGUCGAAACUCGUCAACUCGGGCCUUCAACGCUGGGAAAUCGGCGAGAUCGCGUCAAGAAUCGGUCAACUCUACUUCAAUCAGUAUAUGAGGACGAGUGAAGCUAGGUUUCUACUCGAAUCGUAUAUUUUUUAUGAGGCUAUAUUGAAUAGAAGGUAUUUCGAGGGUUUGGUGAAAGAUAGGGGACUUAGGUUUAAGGAAUUGAGGUUUUACGCGAGGUUUUUGCUCGUUUCGGUGAUUUUGAAUCGCUGGGAGAUGGUUAAGGUGCUUGCUGAACGGUUUAAGGCGCUUGUCGAUGAUAGUAGAGCUAAUUUUCGGGAUACAAACUUUAAAGAGUGGAAGCAGGUCGUGCAAGAAAUUGUCCGAUUUAUGAAAGCUGAGGUUACCUUCAUGAACAAUAGGCCUCUACGAUAUUGUGCAACGUUUGAUUCUUUUCCAGCUUCUCUUCCAUGUGUUGCACGUUUCCAUGCAAAUAAGGUUCUUAGAUUUCGAGAUGCAUUGCUGACAAGUUAUCACCGGAAUGAGGUGAAAUAUGCUGAACUGACUCUAGAUGCUUUUAGAAUGUUGCAAUGUUUGGAAUGGGAACCAAGUGGGUCUUUUUAUCAAAAGAUACCUGCUCAACCACUUCACCAUGGCGCCUUAGCUGAUCAGUCUGGUACCUCUGGUCUUAUUGACAUUAAUCUUUUGGCAGAUAUGACGGAUCCCACUCUGCCUCCUAAUCCAAGGAAGGCUGUUCUCUAUCGCCCAACUGUGACUCAGUUAAUAGCUGUGCUUGCUACAGUCGUCGAUGAGCUGCCUCCGGAUAGCGUCAUGCUAAUAUACCUUUCUGCAUCAGGAAAGGCUGGUAACAGUGGUAUGUCGCAUGUCGAAAAUUCAGGAGGUUCAAGAAAUUCUUCAAACCUUAAUGCUGUAUCACGUACUUCCUAUAAAAAGGAUAUCAUGUCUCCAAAAUAUUAUGCAAAUGGCAACGGGGACUCUGGUCACCAUUCUGAAAAGUGUUUAUGGUUAGGUCCUAGUAAAAAUGGAGGAUCAGAUAACCUAUACCCUGCAGAUAUAAUUCCUUUUACAAGAAGACCGCUUUUCUUGAUUAUUGAUAGUGAUAACAGCCAUGCAUUCAAGGUCUUACAUGGUGCAGAAAGGGGAGAACCAGCUGCAUUAAUUCUUUCGCCUCAAAGGCCAACAUUCAAGGACAAGUCUGGUAGUGAUGUGGCAAAGAAUGGGAGUCAGUUCACCUUUUUUCUAACUGCUCCGUUACAAGCAUUUUGCCAAAUGGUUGGCUGUGUCUCUUCUAAUUAUAGCGAGGAUGCAUACAGUGAUGCUGAUGGCAUCAUCUCCACUGUAUUCUCAGAGUGGGAAGUGAUAUUAUGUACAUCAAGUGGCUUGGAUAUUACUUGGGCUCAAGUUUUAUCAGAUCCAUUUCUCCGCCGGAUUAUUCUAAGAUUUAUCUUCUGCAGAGCCGUGCUUGCUUUGUUUUGCCCUCAAGAAGACCAUGAGCAGCAUGUUCCUGUUUGCCUACCAGAGCUUCCUGAUUCUUUGGCUCCAGAUUCUGGAGUGGUGAAAGCUGCUAUAAUUCGACUUGCCAAUCUACUUGAUGUUUCCAAACUUUUCUGAUCUAUAGUCUGGUCUAUAUAUAUACAUGCUAGCUUGUAUUGUUAGUUGCAGUUUGACGGCAAGCACAUUAGGAUUUGAAGAUGACAUCUCCUUGGAGCUCUCAUCAUUUGACAUUAAAUUAUAUUCUGGGUCAGAUUCAUGAAAUGCUGCUGAAGAGACUACUUUCAUCAGUUAUGAUGCAGACUUCUUUGUGCUAUCAUGUCCGAUAGUAUUGGUGAAUAGUAGUAUGUGUUGGUUGGGUUUGAUAAUGUUCAGUGUACAUUAGCUGUUUGCCAUAGUUGUUGCAAGAACAAUACUAAUUUGUUUAUACUGUUUGUAAAAGAGAGAGAUUAGUAGCCAGGUGAGAAUAAUUCUAUCCCUUUCUGGGCUUUUUCUUUGCACAAAUGUAUUAGUUUGGUUCAUAAAGGUAUAUGUAGAGGUGGUGUAAACUUGUACAAAUAUGCCUUGUAAACCCUUCAACAGUUGUUAGGCAAGUGAAUAAAGUUAAUGUGGUUCUGUCGUUA